AUGGAGAGGACAUGGGAGAGAACAUGGAGAGGACACGGAGAGGACAUGGGAGAGGACAUGGGAGAGGAAAUGGAGAGGACAUGGAAAGGACAUGGGAGAGGACAUGGGAGAGGACAUGGAGAGGACAUGGGAGAGGACAUGGGACAGGACACGGAGAGGACAUGGAGAGGACAUGGGACAGGACACGGAGGAGGACAUGGCGAGGACAUGGGAGAGGACACGGAGAGGACAUGGGAGAGAACAUGGAGAGGACACGGAGAGGACAUGGAGAGGACAUGGAGAGGAUAUGGAGAGGACAUGGAGAGGACAUGGAGAGGACACGGAGAGGACACGGAGAGGACAUGGAGAGGACAUGGGAGAGGACAUGGAGAGGACAUGGAGAGGACAUGGGAGAGGACAUGGGACAGGACAUGGAGAGGCCAUGGGAGAGGACAUGGAGAGGACAUGGGACACAUGGAGAGGACAUGGGACAGGACAUGGAGAGGACAUGGGAGAGGACAUGGAGAGGACAUGGGAGAGGACAUGGAGAGGACAUGGGAGAGGAAAUGGAGAGGACAUAGAGAGGACAUGGGAGAGGACAUGGAGAGGACAUGGGAGAGGACAUGGAAAGGACAUGGGAGAGGACAUGGGAGAGGACAUGGGACAGGACACGGAGAGGACAUGGAGAGGACAUGGGAGAGGACAUGGCGAGGACAUGGGAGAGGACACGGAGAGGACAUGGGAGAGAACAUGGAGAGGACAUGGGAGAGGACAUGGAGAGGACAUGGAGAGGACAUGGGAGAGGACAUGGAGAGGACAUGGGAGAGGACAUGGAGAGGACAUGGGAGAGGAGAUGGGAGAGGACAUGGAGAGGACAUGGGAGAGGAGAUGGGAGAGGACAUGGGAGAGGACAUGGAGAGGACAUGGAGAGGACAUGGGAGAGGACAUGGAGAGGACAAAGGAGAGGACAUGGAGAUGACAUGGGAGAGGACAUGGAGAGGACAUGGGAGAGGACAUGGAGAGGACAUGGGAGAGGACAUGGGAGAGGACAUGGAGAGGACAUGGGAGAGGACAUGA